CAUUACCGCGGCGGAGUGAUCCCAUGACGUCAGGCGUGCUGCGGCCGGGCAGUGAUGUGACUGAAGGCCGCCCGUCUAGUGACAACAUGGAGAGGUGCCGAGUUUUGCUGCCCUUCUGCGCGCUGAUUCUCGCCGUGUGCUGGUCCCCAGCAUCAGCCCUGCAAUGUGCAUGCGACCGGUGCGAGAAAGGCAACUUCACAUGCCAGACAGACGGAGUCUGCUUCAAGCAGUUGAUUUUGGAGUCCGCGGAGUCUGUUACCAUGACGAUGCGGUGCAUGGACGCGGAUCGACUCACGCCGCCCGAAAACCCCUUCAUCUGUCAGGACUCGAACAACCCCCGAUUUGCCAUCCGCUGCUGCAGAACGCACGACUUCUGCAAUCGGGAGCUAGACUUGGUCCUGCCCGCUUCCACAACACAAGUAGAAGACCGUGAGUCGCCCGGCGGCUCGGCAGGUUUAGGCACCGUGGAGCUGGCCGCCAUCAUCGCGGGGCCGAUCUGCUUCGCGUGUAUCGUGUUUAUGAUCGUGCUGUUCCUGUGCCAGAAGCGGGGAAACCGUAUGCCGCUGUCCGACCCAGAGGAGAGCAUGGACUCCGACAACCCCCUCAUGCCGCCCGGACACUCACUAAAGGAACUACUGGACGACAUGACUACUUCAGGGUCUGGAUCGGGCAUGAUGCGAGACUGGACCACCUCAGGCUCCGGUUCCGGCCUGCCGUUGCUGGUCCAGCGAACCAUCGCGCGGCAGAUCACCCUGAUGGAGUCCAUCGGGAAGGGAAGGUUCGGCGAGGUGUGCCGAUGGCAGCGUCGCCGUGAAGACUCGUCUCGCGAGGGGUCGUGGUUCCGCGAGGCGGAGAUCUACCAAACGGUCAUGCUCAGACAUGAGAACAUCCUGGGCUUCAUCGCAGAACGGGCAGUGCGCCUGCGCAACCGCGUCGGAACCAAGAGGUACAUGGCUCCGGAGGUUCUGGACGACACGAUCAACAUCACGCACUUCGACUCCUUCAAGCGCGCCGACGUCUACGCUCUCGGCCUCGUCUUCUGGGAGGUCGCCAGAAGAUGCAACGUCGGAGGUAUCUACGAGGACUACCAGCUGCCAUAUUACGACAUGGUGCCCUCUGACCCCUCCAUCGAGGAGAUGCGGAAGGUCGUGUGUGACCUCCGACAGCGACCCAGCGUCCCCAACAGGUGGCAGAGUGAUUUGUGA